GUACCACACUGACACUGGCUUCUUCCGGAGACUGGGACAGAAUCUGCUUGGUUCUCCCAGGUACAUGGGGCUGCUGGCUGGGGGUGGUUUCCUGAGUGUAGAGACUGAAGAAGUGACUAAGGCUGGUCAUGUGGUCCUAUGGUUCGUGUUCCCCUGA